GGCACAUCUGGCUUUCUGCCCAGCCAGUUCACCUGUAACACAGCUGAGGUUGUUGAAGCCCAGUGCUGAAAUUCCCUGCAACUAGGCCAUUCUUUGUGAGCCUUUAAAGUUAGAAGAGCAAUUUUAUCCUCAAUGAUUAUGUGUCCAUUUUCCUCACCUUCGCUGCGAAGUAAUUUCCACAACAGCUUGACCUUGUCUUCCCAAGGUCUCUAAAGAUGAAUAGAUUUAAAAAAAAAAAAAGAAAAGAAAAGAAAAGAAAAGAAGGAAGGAAGGAAAUGAGCCGGAGAGCCAAACAGAACCCCCUUAUUAAGGAAACAAGUUGACUCCUAUCCUGUUAAUAAGAAAGGGAGGGAUGGGCCCAAAGCCACAGGUUACAGUACUGGUCCCCAGUUUAAUCCUACCUCAUUGCUUGGAGUCCAAAGCUCUGGACCCACUUCCUUUGGUCCAUGGAUUGAUGCUACCAGGCCAGUGCUCUUUCCCCACUCUGGUGGUCUAAGAGGCAACCUUUACAGUCAUAAUGCUCCCGGGUCACAGAGGUGCUGGGCCUUAGGCCAGACCUCUGCCUGGGAAGUUUCCUCUGGGAACGGCUUCUGGUGGGUACUACGGGCCUUAUUCCGGGCCAUAUGGCCUGUAGGACUUCACCACUGGGGGGAAGGCUGGGCCGGACAGAGUCAUCACCUGUGGCACUGGCCCCAUGGCUGAGGUGGAGUGGAUACACAGACAUCCAAAGACCGAGGACCUAAGGGUUGGGCUCAUCAGCUGGGCAGGAACCUACCUCACCUUUGAAGCAUUUAAGAGUACAGUCACAGCCGCUGCAAAGAGUUUGUGCAGGAGACAGACCUGGGAGCUCCUGGUGAGCAAUGAACAUGACACACAGGCCGUGGUUCGACUGAAGAACUUGCAGGGCCUCUACCUGCUGUGUGAAGCCGAUGGUACUGUGUGCUACGGCAGGCCAAGGACCAGCCACCACGGGUGCUUCCUGCUCCGUUUCCACCGAAAUGGCAAAUGGACCCUCCAGUGCAUUAUCUCGGGUCGCUAUCUGGAGUCCGAUGGUGAGGAUGUAUUCUGCAACUCCAGGGUUCUCUCAGCUUACCAUAUGUGGACCCCUAGACCAGCCCUGCACAUCCAUGUGAUCCUUUACAGCCCUACCUACCGCAGCUAUGCCCGAGCAGACCACUCUGUGGGCCGAAUCUGGGUAGACGCAGCAGUCCCCUGCCUAGAGGAAUGUGGUUUCCUGCUACAUUUCCAAGACGGAUGCUACCACCUGGAGACUUCUACACACCAUUUCUUGUCUCAUGUAGACCGGCUGGUCCCUCAACGCUCAUCACAAACGGCUUUUUACAUGCAAGUGCGGCCUAGAGGGCUUGUGGCACUGUGUGAUGGAGAAGGAGGCACACUGUAUCCACAGGGCACACAUCUACUCCUGGGCCUGGGCUCCAAUCCUACGAGGGGGGAGGAGUGGUUCAUCCUACAACAUUUCCCAACCUGGGUCAGCCUGAGGUCAAGGACACGGAGGUUCAUCUCAGUCAUGUAUGAUGCUGAGGUGUGUGCUGCCUCUGAGCGCUUGACCCCAAUGUCCUUGUUCCAGUAUGAAUGUGACAGUGAGAGUCUUACCUUACAACUUCGUUCAGCCAAUGGCUACUACCUGGCCCAGAGGCGCCACAAGUCCAUCAUAGCUGAUGGGCACCCCCUGGAGUCUGACACCUUUUUCCGUGUGCACUGGAAUUGUGGCAAAAUCAUCCUGCAGUCCUCCAAUGGGUGUUUCUUGAGCAUCAUAUCCAAUGGCCUGCUGAUGGCAAAUGCCACCAUCCCAGGGCCAAAUGAGGAACUGGGGAUUCGAUUUGCCAAUCGCCCCUUUCUCAUCUUAAGAGGUCGGUAUGGGUAUGUGGGCUCCUGCUCAGACCAUGACCUGAUGCAGUGCAAUCGAGACCAGCCUGACUGCAUUCACCUCCUGCCCUGCCGCCAGGGCAUCUAUCACUUUCAAGCACAGGGUGGAUCCUUCUGGUCAAUAACAUCUUUUGGCACCUUCCGCCCUUGGGGAAAAUUCGCCCUCAACUUCUGUAUAGAACUUCAGGGGAGCAACUUGCUCACGGUGCUGGCGCCCAACGGCUUCUACAUCCGAGCUGACCGAAGUGGCACACUCUUGGCAGACAGCGGAGACAUUACCAAAGAAUGUAUCUGGGAAUUUUAGGUCAAUGGGAUGCCGCCUGCCAAACUCUAAAUCUUCCAGGCCUCCAGGAACAGAACAGGAGACCCAGAGUCAAGAUCCAAGAGAAGAAUAUGUGUUGUACAAUUUUUCCUACUGAGUUUAGCAAAACACCUGUUUCAAGAGACAAUACAUCACAACAGGCCACCCCCAGA